UCAGAUGGACAAAUCAAGCUGCAUUUAUGAUUAUCCUGCAAUAAAAGCAGAUUUCUCUGGAAGUUCUCAGGAUGUGUCCGUGCUGUGGCUCGUAUCUGACGUGUGCAGACGUGUGGAGAGAGAUCGAGACAGAAGAGGAGGAUCAGAGCGCAGUCAGGAUGGACAUCGAGCUCUUAGAAGAGCAAUACAGCUCCAUCAGAGAGAAACAGAGACGACAAACUCAGGUCAUCUGCUUCAAGAACGCACAAAACAAUGAAGAGAUAAGUGGCAUGAAUCUAGUGGACGUGGUUCCUUUAACAAAAGCAGCAGAAACUCUGUCUGAGUCAGACAGCGGUGUGUGGCGCUCACAUCUGGAGCUGCACCGCAUUAAACACACGACUGAAGAAACCGAGCACAGAAAUAAUCACAGUGCAGCGUCUACAGAAGCCUCCAGCUCCAGCUCCGAGUCAGAGCAUCUCUCUGAGGACUCGAACCCUGGGGAACACCAGCAGAAGAGCUCCAGGAAGUUCUCAGCUCCAACGGUUCUGAGUUAUCGCUCCACACCCACAGGCUCCAGAUAUUACCCCUUCCCUCAGAGGAAAAGCCUGAGCAGAUCAGAGACGGCCAGGAGACUGGGCCUCUACGCCUCGCUCUAAUGAGGAAAUAUGAGCGAACAACCAGGAAACACAAUCCUAAACAAACCUUCCUCCAGAAUGUUUCUUCAAAGUCAUCUGCUGUUAAAUAAAGUUCUCCAAACAGAAGCACAAACAUAUUAUUCAUCAAACG